UACUGAUUGUUUCUGAUAAUUUGUAUCACCCCUGAUAGAAUUCGACUGAGUUUCACUCAAUCUGCGGCUGGGCCUGCUUUUAAGCGCUUUUCACCGCCGCUGCCUCCUUCCUUCACGGACAUCCCAGGCCAUCUCUAGGGACCGAUCGAUGGCUGGCUGUUGUUGCUUCAUUUUGGCAUCGCUGAAGCGCCAUCUCUGUUGUUCCUAAAACACGACGAUCACGACCGUGUGUGUUUCCAGCGUUUCCAGAAUCCAGUGACUGUUGUUGCCUGGUGGUGGCCCGCCCAGUCGAGUCCCAGUCACAGACCAUAGAAUGACGACCUCGCAUAGCGCGAGAAAAAAUGCGAACACUGGCCUUCAUCAGCUGCUACAUAAUUUUGGUGUCUAGUAACUCAUGCUUUUUCGUUGGCCAGCGUGGCCGGAUUCUGUGUGAGUUGGUCACUGACCACGUUCAUUGAAGACCCGGCAAUUGCAGGGCGUUAAUACUGAUCAGGCCGUCACCCUCCUAUUCUUUUGGUGUGCAGAGUUGUUAACACAAUAUCCAUUUUCCUCGACACUAAGGUCUGGCCAAUACGAGAUCUAGUCGUUAUAUGAUCGGUGGUCCCAGUUAGUCUACCAGACGCUCUCGAUCGAGUCGACGAUCAACCCUCUGUCGUGUUUGGCGCAUGAUGCUCAAUUGAUUGCCCAACCACGCUUGCUAUUGUUGUUGUCGGUUGGUGGUUAUCAGUCCGCAAUUAUUACUUCUUAGUGUUAGACACCCGCGGUCAGGUGCGGUCGAGCUCAGUUCAGCCCGCCGUCUCUUCUCACCCAUGAUUUGAGUGCCUCCCGUGAAAUUGGCUCGCUCCCUCCCUCCCUCCCUCCAUCCCUCCAUCCGGGGUUCCGCUGAAAUUCGUCCGUCUCAGCUACGCUGAACGUGAUCCCAGGGCUGCUGGCCGUGAGCCGUAAGCCGUGAUAGUGGGAUGAUGAUGGUAGUGGCGACUCUCCCAGGUGAUGCUGCUGCUGCGGGCUCAAAUUAUUCUUCACAUCCGUGUUGAUCGCCCUCCCCUCUACCCCCGGAAGGAAAAGGCCACCCUCCUCCCUUCAUGGGACCCUUACUUCAUCUUCAAGAUCAGAACCCUCUGAUCGUGAGCAUCUUUAAUGGCGACUUUCCGAGCGUGGAAAAAUGGCUGGAGACGCACGCCCAUCCGGCGGAAGAGAUGGACAAGUUGGUGGAUGCCGACAAACGCCAUCCCAUUCACGCCGCGGCUUUCAUCGACCAAAGCGACAUCCUCGAGGCUCUCAUCGUGGCCACGGAGAACUCCGGCCAUUCUAAGGUUAAUGUGAAGGACGCCAAAUGGCUCACACCCCUUCAUCGAGCCUGUCGGAGCAGUGCUGAGUACUCGGUGGAGGUGUUGCUGACACACAAUGCGGAUGUGAAUGCCCGGGAUCGAUGCUGGCAAACCCCAGCUCACGUGGCUGCCGCCAAUAAUGCCGUGCGUUGCAUGGAACUGCUUGUCCCAAGGGUGUCUAACAUCAAUAUCACGGAUCGGACGGGCCGAACCUGUCUCCACUUGGCCGCCUACUUCGGACACUAUGAGAUGGUGGAGACCCUACUGCAAUUAAGUGGAACCGUGAACCAUACGGAUAAACGGGAUCGUCGCCCGAUUCAUUGGGCCGCUUUUCGGGGCCACGAGGAAGUGGUCAGGUUACUGGUCCAACAUAAUGCGGGUAUUGAGGUUCCAGACAAGGACAAGAACACACCUUUGCACGCUGCAGCCGCGGCCGGAUUUGAUCUGGUCGUUCAGAUUCUCCUCGACUUUAAAGCCAAUCCAGAAGCUGUGAACAAGGAUGGAAAUACACCCGCUCAUCUGGCCUCUUUGAAUGGACAUCACCAAGUUCUUAGUCUGCUCAUCGAAACCGCUCCCAAAACCCUUCAGGAAAGAAACGCCAAAGGAGAGCUUCCCAUUCACUUAUGCGCCUCUUCCACUCACGGCGAAGGAUGCUUGUUGCUGAUCCUGGACCACGACUCCAGUCAGGUCCGUGAAGCGAGCAACGACGGCAAAACCCCUCUCCUCAAUGCCACCCUACACGGUCGAUUGCCUCGUGUUCUCCAUCUGAUACGUCAUGGCGCAGAGCUCAAUGUGCGGGACAAAAAGCGUCAGACAGCCUUGCAUUUGGCCGCCAAGUUCGGCCAUGAGGCCAUUAUCGGUCGACUUCUCGACAUGAAUGCCAAUCCUUUGGUCAAGGAGGAAAAUGGUCGCACUCCACUGCAUCUCUCGGCCCAAAACGGUCAUUUGGAAACGUGUCGACAAUUGUCCAUAUUGCCCAAAGUCGACCUGAACACCAAGGAUGCCAAUGGCAUGACCUGUCUCCACCUGUGUGCCUUUAAGGAUCCAGAGCACUCCUCAAGACGAUUUCGACGUUGUAGAAGUCAGUCCCAAGAGACUCACUUGCCCAUGGGAGACCUUGAUUUUUCACAGAGGAAUGCGGAUUGUUUGAAGUGCUUGAUCGAUGCUGGUGCGGACAUCCAUAUCAAGGACAAAUUUGGUCGCACCGCUCUCCAUUAUGCUUCCGUUAAGGGAUGGUUCCAAUGCGUUCAUCAUUUGGUCACAGCUGGCUGUUCCGUGGAUUGUGCGGACCACGAUCAAAUCACCCCUCUAAUGUUGGCCACACUCUCGGAUUCCGAAGCCAAAUGUGUGGAAUAUCUACUGGUUCAGAAAGCCAAUGGACUCCUCAAAGACCAUCAGGAUCUAAAUGUGCUACAUUACGCGGCAGCCGCCGGAAACUCGGAAGCGUUGACACAAAUAUUUGAGUACACCCAAUUUGGUCGGGGAGAUUUUCUUAGUAGCAAACUGGGCGUGACUCCGAUCCAUUUGGCAGCCAAAUCUGGUCACACGGACUCCGUGAUCGUGCUCCUCGGUAGUCAGGCUCAAGGUCCCAAUGAUCGAGAUAGCAAAGGUCGGACCGCCUUGCAUUUUGCCGCCAGACACGGCCAUCUCAAGUGCUUGGAGUUCCUGUUGGCCAAAGGAGCUCUGGUGGGUGUCCAAGACGACGUCCAAGGCCGAAAUCCCGUCCAUGAGGCCGCCGAGAAUGGAGAGGUCGAUUGCCUAUUGAAACUCUUAGAGCACACUGAAGACUUUUCCGUGGUCGAGGCCAAGGACAAAAUGGGUCGCACUCCAUUGAUGUUGGCCGCCGAGAAGGGACACUCGGACAUGGUAGAAAAGCUCCUUGUGAAUGGCUCUUCUGUGGCGACGAUGGAUUUGAAUCUUCGCACACCCAUGUUUUAUGCCGUGUUCCAAGGCAUGGAACGAACCACCGAGUUGUUGUUGAAGCGUGAAGCAAACAUUCUUCAAGUGGAUCGACUUAAGAAGUCCGUGUUCCAUAUUGCGGCCGCUGCUGGCCAGAUCAGUGUUCUAGGCCUUUUGGUAGAGUCUCUAGACGAACCCACUGCCGUGAAUACCAUGUUAGAUCAAGAGGGAUUCACCCCCCUCCAUUGGGCAGCUUUGAAAGGCCACGAGAUUUGUGUGGAAUACCUAACUCAACGGAUGACCGACCAAGAUAUCUUGCCCACUCAGUUCUCCCCCGUCCAUUGUGCCGUCCAUAAUCGAAGUGACACUUGUCUGGUGGUGCUUUUAAACAAAUUCGAUUCGCAAACGAUCGCCAACCUGCGUGAUGAUCACCAGAGGACACCCCUUCACAUUGCCGCCUUUCAAAAGUCUGCGAGUUGUGCCAAAUUGCUUUUGAGCCAUGGGGCGGAUCCCAACGCCAAGGACGCCUCGGAUCUCACUCCAUUGAGCAUUGCCAUACGUCGAAAGGCCAACGAUAUCGUGGAACUGUUAUUGAAGCACGAGGCCAAAUUGGACGAGACUGAUCCCAAGGGAAACACAGCCUUGCACCACGCCUGUAAAACUUCCGAUCCGUUGGCCUUGGCCAUUCUCAAGGCGUGUUCUUCCAACCAAGACAUAAUCAACAUGCAAAACGUCGAAGGACAGAGUGCCUUGCAUUUAACCGGUGCCAAUGGAUUCGUGGAGUCCACGGAUUUCCUCGUCAGCCACGGGGCUUCCGUAACUCUGGUGGAUAACCGAGGCUACACACCCGUGUUGGCGUGUGCUCCCAAUGAUAACGUAGCUUUGUGUCUGGCCACCAUGUUUGCCGAGUACCUCAAAUGUCCCUUGAGUGACACGCGGAGGUCCAUCGCCUCCUUAGAAUCUUUUCGUCUUUCUGAUGGUUCAGCUGUCAAUCAUAUUCAAAUGAAUCAUCAGCACCAAAAUCAACGCGAUUCUUCGGACUCCACUUUCUUGGUGAGCACCCCUAAACAAUUGCCCAAUUCCUCGCAAAACUGAGAUCCUGACGACAAGAUGGGUUCCUCCUACCAAAGGAAACCCCUCCCUCGCCUCACUGGUGAUUUCUCCUUGGCUGACAAACCUGGUCCGUGCUGUGAUGCAGAAUAUGACGACUUUAGAACUAACUGGCAACCCUACGGAACCCCUCCUGAUGCGGGCAUUAUAGAACAAGAAACUUGAAUUGUGAACAUGACCAAAUUGACUCGAUUUCCAACUGAUCUUAUGAACGAACACUCAGGCUGUUGUUACCAGAUCCUAGAGAUGCAAACCAUUUUUACCUCGGGACGAAUGAACUCCUUCGAUCUGAGAGAGAUUCUCAUUGUGUUGCUUGCACAUAUUGCCCUCAUGGAGGAUUCGGCUGUGUUGGUAUCCAUUGGAAGAAAAGGACUGAUAACAAUGAUUGUACUAGCUCUCAAAAAAAUCUUGUAGUGCAUGUUAUAAAACUUGAACGCUUGCAGAGGUUUCCUCGCCGUGGACAGGAAUCAGAAUACGACCAUAAAACUGAUGAGAGAAACGCGGUUUUGAAAAUCUAAUAAUUAUUGUGAUCCUCAUCCCACUGGAACCUACCUUGUCAGUUGUUGAACUAUGUUGUAGAAAUAAAUGUGAUCAAUCAAA